GAGUGGGAGCGGCAUAGAAGCCAGCCUGGGCGAGAGUCGAGUGGUCAAAGCCGGAGGUGACCGCAGGAGGGCCGUGUUGUUGGUGUUGGUUAUUCGGAGAGAAAUCCCACGGAGCGGCAGUCUGGAAGAGAGGAGUGGCGCCAGCGGCUGUGGUGACGGCAGCGAUGUUGUAGGAGUCGUACGGGGGGGUGUCUUGAAAGGGCCAAUUGUUUGCGUCGUAGUAGGCCUGAUUGUCGUUGGCGAUGCUGGAUCCAGUUCGGUCAGAUUUGACGUUCUGGCCGUCGGAGUCGUCGAGGAACGACGGGGGCACGCCGAGGUUCGAGUCGUCGAGGCCAAAUAAGGCGUUGGGAUCCUGGUCCGCCAUGUUGCAGAGCGGUCAAAUAUGCAACUAUGGGCUGAUGCUCAAUUCAUCGAAGUCGAGUCGGGCCUGGGAUUCUUUGGGUGCGCUCGGCGCUGGGAAUGGGGGCCAGGUCCCGAGUCUGGAGCGGGACUCGAUAUGAGUGGCCGGCGAGCAGCGACGGGAUCGGUGGACGAGGCCGCAGGGGCCAGAGAUUGGUCGUGUCUUUUGGGUUGGAGUAGUGAGGUAUCGGGAAUGCGAGAGCAAUUGACGGCAAUCAGCGGCGUGGUGCUCAGCGGGAAGAAUGUCUGGUCGUACGACUGUCGGCAGAAGGCGAUGGACAGAUGGGGAUGGAGGAGUGGUGUCAGCCGGGAGGCAGAACGGAGAGACCCAGAGGGAAAACAAGCGAGAGGGUCGAAGUCGUAUGACGCUGGUCUGGUUUUGCGGUGCCUUAUUUUUCCUCUCACGGAUGCGACGCAGCGAAUUGACGGGACUUGCUGGGGGUGGGCCACUGCUCAGGGCCAGGCGCUGCAGGUCGAGGGAGGGAAGAGAAGAGGGGCGGGGGUUCUGUCAAAAGUUGUGUGUGUGUGUGUGUGUGUGUGUGUGUCGGGGGACUCGGUGGUUUGCUUGAUGUUCCUUCUGAUGCAUGCACAUUCAACGUGCAGAGAUUAUCUGUAGUCGUAGUCGUACUCUGUCUGUCUACGGAUACAAAUUGUCGAGAAUUCGAGAUGUUCAAUUGCGGUUUGACAGUUCCAGUCAAUGGGUGGAGGGCAAGCAAUCGGUGAUCGAAUCGAAAUCGGGUGGGAGGGUCGAAGGAGAGCGAAAGAGGGAGGCAGAGAAUUGGGAGAGGGAAGGAAACGGGGGGAGCAUCGUACGAUUAUCUAG